AUGGCGUUUGAUACGAGCAAACUGUUCCAAGCGUACCAGAGCCACGAAACAAUCAAGCAAUACCUCGACGAUCUAGUGCAGCGGUUCUCGACCAAAAUCGAAAUCUUCUCGCAAGCAGAAUCCUACGAAGGGCGCGAGAUACGCACCGUACGCAUCUGUCCGGACGUAAAGCAACCACCACGCUCCCCAAGCAACCGCUGGACCAUUCUGAUCGAUGCCGGAAUACAUGCACGUGAAUGGAUUACGGUCUCGGUGGCGCUCUUCAUCGUGCAUCAGUUGAUUGAGCAGGAUGAGAUCAGUGCCAAGAGCUUCCGGCGCUUUGAAUGGAUCAUACUGCCCCUUCUUAAUCCGGAUGGGUACGAAUACAGCCGUGAACAUAAUAAAAUGUGGCGCAAAACCAGACGACCACUGGGUGCGCGAAACCAACGGCGAUCCUGUGUUGGUGUGGAUUGCAACCGGAAUUUUAACGUCGCCUGGACCAUCGGCAGCACACACUUCUGUUCGCUGCUGUACCGUGGCGAACGACCCUUCUCCGAGCGAGAAACGAAGAACGUGCGUGACCUGUUCCGGAAGCUACGACCAUCGUGCAAGUUCUACCUCUCGCUACACUCGUACGCAAAGACAAUCCUCUAUCCGCGUGCCUACACAAGAACACUGCCGCGCAACUGGCAGAUGCAGCAAACGGUAGCGGAGGCUGGAGCGACGGCGAUGCUAAAGGCUACCGGGGUGCGGUAUCGGUGCGGCAGUGCCGCUACGGUUCUCCAUCAUCCUGUCGGUGGGUCGAGCAUCGAUUACGCGCACGACAUCGAGAAGGUCCCGGUCGCGCUGGUAAUGGAGGUAGCCUCGAAGAGCUUCCAUCCACCCGAAACCCAGAUACAGCGGAUCUGCGAAGAGAGCUGGAUCGGUAUCGGUGCGAUGGUGAACUGCCUGGCAGCAAAUUUUCGCGCCGCCCUAAAAGGCAGUGGUACGCUGCAUCUCCGAUAA